AUGCAACAUCUUUCUACACACAUUCUCGUAUUCACAGUUGAUGAGCGAAUAUCCUUACACCUUGUGAGAGUGAGUUAUUUCGUUGGAAUGGCUGGAACUGUUGCUUGUUAUGUAUGUGAUAGAGAAUAUUCAGCAAGGAAGCAUUUGAAUGUUCAUUUGAGAAAUGUGCAUAAAAUUCAGCCAGGUGAAGAAGGUACGAUAAAGUGCUCAAAAAGUGACUGUAGCUUUAAAUGCAAUUUCUUGGCUAAGUUGCGCCUACAUGUGGAGCAGGAGCACAUGGUUGAGAUGGUAAAAGAAAUUAGUGAAUUUCAAACGAAGGACGACUUUAUGAAGUGGAAGUCUGAGGAGGAGAGAAAAACAAAAAGUAGUUUUGUCUCUAGUUAUGGCACUAAGCGUUUAAAGGAUGGCACUGCAAAAACCACCUUUGUAUGCCACAGAAGUGGCACAUUUUCUUCGAAGUCAGGUGGCAAAAGGUUGUGUAAGUCCCAGGGCACUUGCAAGAUGGGAAACCAUUGCGUUGCUGCCAUAGAGCUUCACGAAGAAGAAAGUGGAAUCUGUAGUGUCAUUUACUACAGAACACAUUUCGGCCACGACCAGAACAUUGCUUUUCUGCAUCUCAGUGGUUCUGAUAGAGAAGCCAUCGCUGUUCAUAUGAAUACAAUUUGUGAUGUUAGCUUGAAAGCAGUUGUAAAAGACCAGAUACCUCGUAACCAUUUGGAAAUAGCCUUGGUAGCUGAAACUGGGAAAUAUCACAUUGCUUUAAUCAGGCCUGUUUAUUCUCCCAUCCCCAGUGUGUUAAUAGCAUCUUCAGUAUUGUUGGAAGGCCUGACUCGACAUGACCUUCAUAACAUUAAGAGAGACUUCGCCAUUGGUGAUGAUCAACAGCAUAACAUUGAUGAAGUCAGUGUUGGUAUGUGGUUGGAGAAAAUGAAAGACUGUGUUCUCCUCUAUAAGAAAGAAGGCGAGGCCAGGGAAGAUUUUGAUAGGACUGACUCGGUGAUAGUGUUAAUGACUGACUACCAGAAGCAGUUAUUACAGAGAUUUGGACAAAAUAUUGUAUGUGUAGACUCAACACAUUGUACAAAUGUUUACAAACUGUUGGUGACCACAUUGUUAGUGGUAGACGAUUUUGGUUCAGGUAUGCCUGUAGCAUUCUGUGUUUCAAAUCGGGAGACUACUUCCAUAAUGACUCAUUUCUUUAGUGCUGUGAAAGAGAGAGCUGGCAUCAUAAAAACGUCUGUAUUCAUGUCCGACGACACUAAUACUUUCCGUAGUGCAUGGUCACGAGUCAUGGGACCUGCAGAAAAUAAUCUACUGUGUGCUUGGCACAUAGACCGCAGCUGGCGGAAUAAUUUGAAGAAAGUACAUGAAGCGGACAUAGACAAUUUUAAUGAGCUGCUGGAAUCGUGCGUCGGGCAGCUUCAAGCAGAUGAAGGUACAAGAGACUUUGGUGUAUAUUUCUCGUCAAAUUACUUAUUCCGGCCUCAGCAGUGGGCAUACUGUCACCGUCGCAAUCUGGGUAUAAAUACAAAUAUGUACCUUGAAGCAAUGCAUAGAGUUUUAAAAUAUUGUUAUUUAGAGGGAAAAACAAACAAUAGACUUGACAGACUACUUGUUGUGUUGAUGAAAUUGGUGCGUGACAAACUGUGUGCUCGAAUGGUUAAAUUGUAUAAGGGUGGCCAUUCAUAUAGAAUAAAUCUUAUUGAGGCUCGUCAUAAAGCUUCAUGUAGUAUUAAGGAGAAUGACAUUACAGUCAAUACUGAUGGUACAAAGUUUCAUGUGAAAUCCCAAACACAUUGUGGUGUAACACAUACUGUGAUUUUAAAUAACAUUGAAUUUGUUCUUGUGCGGACAGUUUAA